AUGGAAAAAAAGGAGCUAGAUUUUACUCACAGAAAGAGUGGAGACAAUGAAACACUGCCUGGUAACAACGGUGAAAUUGCUGAGGGAUUUAGUAAUAUGUCUGGUAACGAAAAAUCGGUGUCAAAGGACAUUGCUCUCAGCGAAGGUGGAAUUUCACCGGUCAACUCAUCAAAAAAGCAUGUGGCGACCAAAUUGUAUAUAGACAAUGAAGUUGAAACAGGAAAGGAAACCAGCAUAUUCCGGAAACUUAUCAAGAUGGUUACAAAUAAUAUGCAG